AUGAGCCGCAACGGGAAGAGCGCGAGGGUGGACCUGCGGCUGAACCUGUCGAUCCGGCGGGGGGGCUCCUCCGGCGCCACCGUGGGGAGCGUCGGCGGCGGUGGUGGCGCCGCCGUCGGCCACAACCGCGCCCACAUCACCUCCCCCAACCACUCCUCGUCUUCCUCUUCUUCUUCCUCAUCGUCCUCUUCCUCGUCGCCGCCGAGCUCGUGCGUGUCGUCGGAGACGGAGCAGGGGAGGUGCUCGAGCCGGAGCCCUGAGGCGACGUCCAUGGUGCUUGUCGGCUGCCCCCGCUGCCUCAUGUACGUCAUGCUCUCCGAGGACGACCCCAAGUGCCCCAAGUGCAAGAGCACCGUCCUCCUCGACUUCCUCAACGACCCCAAGACAACCACCUCCUCCUCGCGCAAGACUCGCAACAACAACUGA